AUGGAUCCCGAGGUGGAAAUGUCUGCAUGGCCGGCCAUCGCCUGCAGGAGUGUGCCGGAGGAGGAGCAGGACUGUCCGCUCCGCGGGACUGUGCAGGGGCUGCAAGCCGAGAUGGACGAGUUCAGGCGCGGGGUGGAGAGGCAGCUGGAGGACGUCCUGCGCCUGGCGGGGCCACUCUCCCGAUCUGUCACCGACCUGCAGUGUGAGAACCGGAGGCUGCGGGAACAGGUGGAGAGGCUCAGCCGCCAGGUGGAAGUACUGAGCCGGACAGCGGGGCUGAGCGGGGACGGACAGACCAGGUACUCAAGCCAUGCGCUGCUCGCUGUAUCCGGCAAAGGGGCCACACAGAGCGCGGUGCCAGAGGCACACAACGAUGUUGAUGCUGCAAAAGCAACCAGCAAUCAAGUUCUUGAAAAUGGACACCAGCCCACGUCUGAAAAAGUUGAAGCCACACCGGAUUCAUCCCCUGCUUCAGUGCAAGAACACUUACCUACCGUGUCUGUCAGAAUGCCACACAUGCCUGUCACUGCAGUGACCAAAGUAUGUGCCGAUCCUCCUUCCAGCACAGCAAAUGGCAGUGUCCGUCUGCAAGCCCCGGAACCCAAGAGUCCCUUGGAAAUGUCACAGAAACAAAGCAGCACGCAAGGUGCUGUCAGGACAUGGAAUGCCAGCAUUGUCAGGACAAUGGGUGUAACAACAAACUCCGAAAAAAGCGUAAGUUCAUCGAAAACCACACAAAGUUAUAGCGUUGCAAACUCCUCGGUUAUCAGUGAAAGCACAGACAGAUAUUUUGAUGUCACCCCCAAAUCCCAGUCUCCACCACCCGUUUUGAGUCGACAAGCUGAGAAGAAGCGUGAGCUGGUUAGGUCCCAGACACUGCCAAGGUCUUCCGGAACUCAAGUUCGCAAGGCUUUCUUUGAAAAGUUUGAGCAAGACAGUGGGAAAGGCAAGGGAGAAUCCAAGGUGAAGCUGAAAAGGUCUCAGAGUUUUGGAGUAGCUAGUGCCAGCAGCAUUAAACAGAUCCUUCUGGAAUGGUGCCGGUCCAAAACAAUUGGCUACAAGAACAUUGAUCUACAGAACUUUUCUUCGAGCUGGAAUGACGGCAUGGCUUUUUGUGCCCUUGUACAUUCGUUCUUCCCUGAGGCCUUUGAUUAUGAUGCACUGAAGCCUUCGAAUCACAAACAGAACUUUGAACAAGCAUUUUCCACAGCUGAGAAAAUGGCGAAUUGUGACCGCCUCAUUGAAGUUGAAGAUAUGCUGAUGAUGGGCAGGAAGCCAGAUCCCAUGUGCGUGUUCACCUAUGUCCAGUCUCUCUACAACCACCUGCGACGUUUUGAGUGACUGCUCGGCCAGCAUCGCCAGUCAAGGUUUCCGGUCAGCG